GUGUGUUGCAACUUGCAAGAGGGGAGGACGGUGAGAGCCUGCUGUCCCGCUGAGCGACAGCUGGUGUCGUAGCAUAAUAAUCAGUGAGGCACGAUGGGCAACACCAGUGACAGAGUGUCUGCAGAUCGCCAUGGAGGGAAGGCUCAACGCUCCGACAGCAGCGGGAGUCCCAAGGACCAAGAAUCCAGCAGCAAGAUGGUGGACAGCACAGAUGACCCCAACAUCUUCAGUACCCACGGACUGGAGUCCAAGACCUCAGGGGAAAAAGAAUUCACCCCUGAUAUGGAUGAUCUGGUUAAAACUGGUCCUCAGGCUCGUCCCACUGUGAUUCGCUGGGCUGGAGGAGGAAAAGAAGUGUACAUAGCUGGUUCAUUCAAUAACUGGAACACAAAGAUACCUCUAAAUAAGAGCCACAAUGACUUUGUAGCCAUUCUGGACCUGCCUGAAGGAGAGCACCAGUACAAGUUUUUUGUGGAUGGACAGUGGGUUCAUGAUCCCUCAGAGCCAGUGGUAACAAGCCAGCUCGGCACCAUCAACAACCUGAUCAUAGUGAAGAAGUCUGACUUCGAGGUGUUUGACGCUCUGCAGGUCGACUCUCUGGAGUGCUCCGACACGUCAGACCUGUCCAGCUCUCCUCCAGGUCCCUAUGGCCAGGCGCAGUACAUCUUUAGACCUGAAGAGCACCUCAAAGCCCCGCCCAUUCUCCCCCCUCACCUGCUUCAAGUUAUUCUUAACAAGGACACCAACGUAUCUUGUGAUCCUGCCCUGCUGCCUGAACCCAACCACGUGAUGCUAAAUCACCUUUAUGCCCUUUCAAUAAAGGAUGGAGUCAUGGUGCUCAGUGCUACUCACAGAUAUAAAAAGAAAUACGUCACUUCUCUGCUUUACAAGCCCAUCUAAGCCUCCGCUCACGUGCGCCGCAGCACUUCUAAAGAGCAGCAUGUUUGUAUUCUGCUGUUUUCUUGUUUCAUUAU